AUGGCUGCGCCGACCCAGCCUGAGCAGACCAAUGCUCUGAACAUCUACAUUCUCACGUAUAACUGUGCCCGAACUCUCGUCAAUCCCAGCAUAUUUGCACCGCACCUGUUCCACGGUCUUCCGGCCAACAGCCUCUCACCGGAGUUCCUUGUCAUCUGCUUACAAGAGUUCGCGCCCAUUAGUUACGCGUUCUUGGGCGGAUCCUUCAUAACGCCUUACUUCAACGCCUGGCGGCAUAUCGUUAGACUCGCUUCGACUUCGAAAGAUCACAGCUAUGUCAACGUGAUAAGCCGCAAUGUGGGGAUGACGGGGAUCAUGGUGUUUGCAAGGGAUGAUGUUGCGGAUCACGUGAAAUGGCUGAAGACAGCUGGGGUUGGUGUUGGCUUUAGUGAAAUGGGCAACAAAGGCGCGGUUGCCUUGAGGAUAGGCUAUCAAUCGCCUGGUAUGGCAAGCGAAGUCGAGUUCACCUUUGUGUCUGCUCAUCUGGCGCCAAUGGAGGACGGCCUGGAGCGGCGUAACGAGGAUUACAAAAACAUUGUGAGGAGGCUGGUGUUCGUCCCGGAUUCCAGCAGCAAGAAGCCCGUGUCAAGAGAUGAGGAAGAUGAAGAUGCCCCUCUGCUACAGGGCAAUGAUCCGUCGCAGCAAGUCGAUGAGGCCUUUGAAAGCGGCAUGUAUGCUUCAUCGUCACAUCUGUUCUUUGCUGGGGACCUCAACUAUCGGACGUCACUGCUUCGGCCGUCGCCGCAAGACGUGGAUGAGAAAUUCCCGCACCCCACCACCAACGAGGCUGACCCAAAGCACUUUCAGCAGCUCCUCGCAGAAGACCAACUUACUCAGCAGGUCAAGGCUGGAAAGACCCUGCACGGCUUGUCGGAAGCACCAAUCACCUUCCCACCCACCUACAAGUACCACACUGACGGGAGCAAGGCUGUCAUCUUCGCCAAUGGAGAAGAGGAGGAUCGACAACACUGGAGCUGGGCGCGUCAUCGCUGGCCGUCCUGGUGUGAUAGAAUCUUCUUCUGGAACGAUCGUGGAAGUAGCGGUGACGUCAAGGUGACUCCGCAGAAGUACACGUGUCUACCAUUGUUUGCAACCUCGGAUCAUCGUCCAGUAGUGCUGGCUGCUACGGUACCUUUGAAGGCGUUGGCGAACGCAGGGCAGGGGGGUGAGGGUGGACGUGGCCCCACGGCAGCACCAUUCGAUAUCGACCCGGACUGGAGGAGCAGACGAGCUCAGGCACGCAGAAAAGAGCUUGCCGUGGGUCUUAUGGCUUACCUGGCACUGACAUGGGAGGGAAACGGAUUGUUGUUGGCGACGACGAUUGGUGCAAUUGGAGGGUGGUUGAUUAUCAGAUCUCUCCUCACCGGAUGA